UUGAGAUCUUAUUCCAUUUAAAUGAAGGCUGUAGGUUGCUUGCAAAUUUCACCCACAGGAAUUCCACCAGCUCCCAGGUACACAGUAACCUGCUUUGUGAAGACCAAUCAGUACGUUUUUACUGUGACAUCAGGACAAAAAUGUCGCAAGCACAAACAGAAACAUACUGAGCUUACUGACACUCGAAAUAGAAAACCAUUCACCACCUACUCCACACUGAUAACCCCCAACCUCAGAGAUUCCCUUCCCCACCCCGUCAAGCAAGCUUGCUCAUGGUCGAACGCCAGUAUGAGGUUGCAUCAGCCGCUGCAAUGGAUCCUCCUCUUCUUCUUCCUUUUGGCCGCCUCCUUCGAUCCCCUAGCCACCAGCCUCGCCAGUGAUGAUGCCCAACUCCCCAAGGUGCCAUGCGAGUCCCCGAACUACUCCUCCUUCCCCUUCUGCAACACAUCCCUCCCCGUCGCCGUUCGCGCCCGCAACCUCGUCUCCCUCCUCACCCUGCCGGAGAAGAUCCAGCAGCUCUCCAACACCGCCGGUGCCGUACCCCGCCUCGGCCUCCCGACCUUCGAGUGGUGGUCCGAGUCCCUCCAUGGCAUCGCGGUCAACGGCCCCGGCGUCGCCUUCAACGGCUCCGUCCGCGCCGCCACCGAGUUCCCCCAGGUCAUCCUCACUGCUGCCGCCUUCAACCGUACGCUGUGGCGCGCCGUGGCCCGCGCCAUCGCCGUCGAGGCCCGGGCCAUGUACAACGUCGGCCAGGCCGGCCUCACCUACUGGGCACCCAACAUCAACAUCUUCCGGGACCCGCGGUGGGGCCGGGGCCAGGAGACGCCCGGCGAGGACCCGCUUGUGGCGUCCGAGUACGCCGUCGAGUACGUGAAGGGAUUUCAGGGGGAGUACGACAACGGCGAAGCCGGCAGCAGUUCUAUGAUGCUUUCCGCCUGCUGCAAGCACUACACCGCUUAUGAUUUGGACAGAUGGGGAAAUUACACCAGAUACAUCUUCGAUGCGCAGGUGACGGAGCAGGACAUGGAGGACACAUAUCAACCUCCAUUUGAGAGCUGCAUCAAAGAAGGUCAUGCGAGUUGUCUCAUGUGUGCCUACAAUCAGGUCAAUGGUGUGCCUGCUUGUGCUCGGGGUGACCUCUUAGAGAAAGCACGAAAAGAAUGGGGAUUCGACGGAUAUGUUACCUCCGACUGUGAUGCUGUUGCGAUAAUUUAUGAAGAUCAGCAGUACUCCUCUUCACCUGAAGAUUCGAUUGCUUCUGUUCUAAAAGCAGGAAUGGAUAUCAAUUGUGGAACGUAUUUGCUUCGGUUCACUGAGUCAGCAGUUAAGUCGGGAAAGGUUCAAGAAGAAGACAUCGACCAAGCACUACUUAAUCUGUUCUCUGUUCAGCUGAGACUUGGGGUCUUCGAUGGUGACCAUGCAAAGAAUCGAUUUGGGCACCUAGGACCCAAGAAUCUCUGUACUCAGGAGCACAGGGAGCUCGCUCUCGAAGCAGUGAGACAGGGCAUUGUCCUUUUGAAGAAUGAAGAAGGUCUUCUUCCCCUAAGGAAGCAUGAGGUGAGUUCUGUGGCAAUAAUCGGUCCGGCUGCCAGUUACACAAGCGUAUAUGGUGGUGAUUACACAGGCUUUCCUUGCAAUCCAACAAGCUUUUUGGAAGGCCUCCGAUCAUAUGUUCCAAGAACAACAUUUGCAGCUGGUUGCAUGGAUAUGCCCUGUGAAACAACGGUUGGAUUUGAGGAAGCUGUUGACAUUGCCAAAGAUGCUGACAUAGUCGUCAUGGUUGCUGGACUCAAUCUAACAGAAGAAACGGAAGAUCUUGAUCGGCACAGCCUCCUGCUGCCGGGCAAGCAGAUGGAUCUCGUAAGGUCCAUCGCCAGUGUCAGUAAGAAACCACUGAUACUAGUCCUAAUCGGUGGUGGACCUAUCGAUGUUUCGUUCGCAAAAGAAGAUCCAUUAGUUGCUAGUAUUCUUUGGAUUGGAUACCCAGGUGAAGUUGGUGGGCAAGCACUUGCAGAGGCUCUCUUUGGAGAUCUCAACCCAGGGGGUAGGCUGCCUGUGACUUGGUACCCGGAGUCCUUUACCAGUGUCCCUAUGACCGAUAUGAACAUGAGAGCUGAUCCUUCACGAGGUUACCCUGGGCGAACGUAUCGAUUCUACACAGGGAAGGCAGUCUAUGAGUUCGGAUAUGGGUUGAGUUAUUCCAACUACUCUUAUAAGUUCUUAUCGAUGCCUGAAAAGAUUAGACUGGCACGAUCAUCUGCUAUGAGAGGUAGGCUGGAUGUCGUGCAUAUUGAGGAGGUCGCGUCCUGCGAUGCUAUGAGAUUUCAUGUACAGGUAUCAGUCAUCAACAAUGGUGGUGUGGAUGGGAGUCACACUGUUCUACUGUUUUCUAGAUCAGGAACAAACGUCAGAGGCGUUCCACUGAAGCAAUUGAUUGGCUUCGAGCGUGUGAGAACAACAUGCUAUGAAGCUACGGAGGUUACGAUCUUGGUUGAUCCUUGCAAGCAUCUUAGCACGGUGAAUGAGCAUGGCCAACGGGUUCUACCACUGGGAGCUCAUGUGAUAAUGUUGGAAGAUUUGGAGCACAAGUUAGUCAUCGAAGUGGCCGAGUCCAUGGAGGAAGAGGAGACGAAGAUGCACGAUGAGCUUUAAGAUUGUGUUGUUGGCUGACAAAUAAAUUUAGAUGGGACACUCGUAAUGCUGUAACAUUUGGGGACAUUGAAACUGUGAUCAACUCUGCUCCUUUGUGCUGUUAGCAUGGAGAGCUUCUACCCACCCCACACCUUUUGGUGUUUGGCUUUUAACGUGGAGGAUGUCGGUAAUUAAUAGAUCAGCUUAGUUCAAAUA